AUGAAAGAAAAUCCAGUUCACCGGUGUCAAAAACAAAGCUUCAAAUUAAAAAACGCCGCUUUGCCUUGUCAGUCAAUUGUCAUGUUAUCCUCAUUGCCCUUAUCAGCUCGCUCUCCAAACAGACCUUUGCACACCACCGAAACCACGCCGUUUAGACACCCCAGAACGACGCCACACCUCCCCGCCAGCCUCCUCCACCACCGCCGCCCGUCCUCCUCGCGCGCCCCCGGCUGCAGGUACGCCCAGGCCGCGUGCUGCAGCAGCGGGUCCCUGAUCGCGAUCUCUUUCCGGCUUCUUCCGCCGCCCGCCGACGACUCCGGCAGGAGGUCCUUCAAGCUCAGUAGUCAAAGCAGUUACAUGACUUUCUUCCAAACCCCCCGGCGGCUUUCUUCUUCCUGGAAGACGACGAGCAGCCUAAAAUGCAAUGGGAGGCAUUCUCUUGGAUGUGGGAUUGGGGACUUGCUCCAGAUUCUAAUUAGAGUGCCGUUGAAGGAGGAGUUCCACCAGCAGUUGGGGCAGUUAGGGGUUGCUGAGACUGAGAGGGCUCUCUAUGAACGAGCGUUCAGGCUUCCAACUACCCCGUCCAAUUCCACCUCUCACUUGACCCGCGGCCGCCGCUUUUGCCACCUGCCUCCUCCACAACAUAUUCAGCUGCUGCUCCAGCGCCGCCGGCCCCGCCAACCCGCAGCCGUCCUUGAUCGCCUUCAGCACCUGCUUCAGAUCCUCCCUCCGCACCACGAGCUUCACCCGCCCAUCCUCCGCCGCCGUCAUCUCGCCGCCGGUGAGCCGCCCUAUCGCCUCCAGGAUAUUAUUGCUCGCCGCCGGUUUCUGACCUCUUCCCGAUCUCGAGAAUCCGAAACCUCUCCUCGGCGACGAUCUCUGGUACUCCGCAAGCUUCGACUCCAUUAUCGUCUCCUUUUCUCCAAUAGUUACGUACGGUUGCAAUUGCAAUUUGCAAAUAAUUGUAAACACUUCUCUGCGGUGAGUGAUUAA